AUGACCAACAACAAGGCCAGACGGCUGCUUGCAGCCUCUCUAUAUCUUGGAGCAACUGGUGUUAUAGCGCAACAACAGACUACCUGGGGACAAUGCGGAGGAAUAGGCUACAGUGGUCCUACGAGUUGUACUUCUGGGACGAGCUGUUCGACGCUGAAUUCAUAUUAUGCCCAAUGUAUCCCUGCUACCGGCAUCAUCACGAGUACUCGCACCACUCUUGCAUCAACAACGGCUACAACAACAGCAUCAACGAAAACCUCAGCAACCUCACUUCCACCACCCACCUCGGGGGUACGGUUUGCUGGUAUUAAUAUUGCUGGAUUCGACUUUAGUUGCUCAACUGAUGGAACUUGCAACGUGUCCGGCGCCUAUCCGCCACUGAAGAACUAUGAUGGCGCGAAUAACUAUCCAGAUGGCGUUGGGCAGAUGCAACACUUUGUGAAGGAUGACAAUUUCAAUAUUUUCCGCUUGCCCGUCAGUUGGCAGUAUUUAGUGAAUGCCAACCUUGGCGGCACUCUGGACGCCACCAAUUUGGGCUAUUAUGAUCAGCUCGUUCAAGGAUGCUUGGCCACGGGUGCAUACUGCAUCAUCGACAUCCACAACUAUGCUCGCUGGAAUGGCAAAAUCAUUGGCCAGGGAGGUCCUACAAAUGCUCAAUUUGUUAGUCUCUGGUCACAACUGGCGACUAAGUAUGCCUCAGAGCCGAGAAUAUGGUUUGGCACCAUGAAUGAGCCUCACGACCUUAACAUCACCACCUGGGCCGGCACUGUACAGGCUGUUGUUACUGCCAUUCGUAACGCGGGUGCUACCUCACAGUAUAUCUCACUACCGGGUACUGACUAUCAGUCUGCCGGACAGAUCAUUUCCGAUGGUGGUGCAGCGGCAUUAAGUGCCAUUACCAACCCGGACGGCUCAAAGACCAACUUGAUUUUCGAUGUGCACAAGUACCUGGAUUCGGAUAACUCUGGUACCAACUCAAUCUGUGUUACGGACAAUGUUGAUAGUGCAUUUGCGCCGUUGGCUACCUGGCUUCGUACAAACAAACGUCAAGCUAUUCUGACUGAGACUGGCGGUGGCAAUACUGCAUCUUGUGAGCAGUACAUGUGCCAGCAGAUCCAAUACAUCAACCAGAACUCCGAUGUUUACAUGGGGUAUGUUGGAUGGGCUGCGGGCUCAUUCGAUCCCGGUUACCCAUUGGCGGAGACACCAGUUCAAGCUUCAAGCGGUGCCUGGACUGACCAGCCCCUGGUGAAGCUCUGCCUUGCCCGUUGA